AUGGGCCGCGACUACCAUGUGUACUCUAAGACCAACCGCAAGCCGAAGAGACCCUACGAGAAAAACAGACUCGAUCACGAGCUGAAACUCAUCGGCGAAUACGGGCUCAAAAACAAGCGCGAGGUCUGGCGCGUGCAGCUGGUGCUCGCGAAGAUCCGCAAGGCCGCGCGCGAACUGCUAACGCUCGAAGAGAGCAACCCGGACCGCAUUUUCCACUCGAACGCGCUGAUCCACCGGCUCAUCAAGCUCGGGCUCCUCGGCGAGAACGAGAAGAAACUCGACUACGUGCUCGGUUUGACCAUCAACAAGCUGCUCGAGCGCCGCCUGCAGACGCGCGUCUUCCGCCAGGCGCAUGCGCGCUCGAUCCACCACGCGCGCGUACUGAUCCGCCAGGGGCACAUCCGCGUCGGCGAGCAGGUCAUCACGAUCCCCUCGUUCAUGGUGCGCAUCGGCUCCGACCAGCACAUCGACUUCGCGCUGAACUCGCCCUACGCCGGCGGCAAGCCCGGCCGCGUGGCGCGCCGCAAAGCGAAGUCUGCGCACGCCGCGGACGAGGAAGAGUAA